AUGGCUCUCUCGCCUGUGCUCUCGUGCUUCCUCCUUUGGUCGUUGGUUUCCACAGCUACCGCAUUUGACAUCACAAAGAUCCUUAAUCAAUACACAGACUACACGGUCUUCAAUCAGGAGCUGUCUAGGACUGGAGUGGCGGAAGAGAUCAACAUGCGCACAUCAGUAACGGUCUUGGUCAUCUCCAAUGGCGCAAUGUCUGCUGUCACCAGCCAAAAAGAAGGCUCCAUUGCAGAUAUCAUGAGGAUUCAUGUCGUCCUUGAUUACUAUGAUUCUGCCAAGAUCAAGACGCUCAAGAAUGAAACCACAUUAACCACGUUGUACCAAACAACUGGAUCGGCUGAUAAAGAACAAGGGUUUAUUACAGUAAACAAGGAAAAUAAUGAGAUCAAACUGGGUUCAGCUGUUUCUGGAUCUCAAAUGUCCGCUAGGGUAAACAAGGUUGUGACUUCUGUCCCUUACGAUAUUUCAGUUAUAGAGAUUUCUUCACCGAUCAUCCCCAAUGGAAUAGACGCUUCGGACCCACCCUCCCAAUCAUCACCGUCACCCAGCCCCGAUCAGUCUUAUUCAACACCGCUUCAUCCUCCAUCCAGCAGCCCCUCAGACAGCCCUGCAGAUUCAUCUUCAGAUCACAGUUCCUCAGCCAACACAACUGCACCAGCAUCGGCUCCUUCAAACGAAAGCAAACAAAAGCCUAUAUAUGGACAAGCACCUGCAGUUCCUUCUCCUUCUGACGCAGAUGUUGAUGCAGAUGACGAUGAUGCAGAUGCGCCAUCUGACAAAGCUUCUAGCUCUUCACGAAAGGCUAUCGUUUCUGGUAUCAUGCUCUUGGCUUCGUUCGUUGCCAGUUUGUAA